AUGUGUAUUCCUGCAGGCUUGCUGUCUGUUAUCGAAGAGGCCACGUAUUCCGGUAUCCUGUUGCCUGGCAAUGAAUGGAAAGCUCUGUCACACCUGGGCCACACGGCCCGCAUGGCAUACCGCGUGCGCGUUAGGUGCGAUCGCAACUACUACGGACAAAAUUGCACAAAGCUCUGCAAGCCCCGGGACGACCGGUUCGGACAUUAUACAUGCGGUGACACGGACGGCCGGAAAGAGUGCAUACCCGGCUGGCAGGGCGAGAAUUGUGACAAAGCCGUGUGCAAGACCGGAUGCAAUCCCGCACACGGACAUUGCGGUAAUCCCGGAGGUUGCGAGUGCCGAAAAGGUUGGCAAGGUGAGCUUUGCGAUCAGUGUAUGACGUAUCCUGGAUGCAAGCAUGGAUAUUGUAACGGAACUUCUUGGCAGUGCAUAUGUGACAUAAACUGGGGAGGCAUUUUAUGCGAUCAAGACUUGAACUAUUGCGGCACCCACGAACCGUGCCUGAACGGAGGGACGUGCAAGAGUACGGCCCCUGACAGAUACACGUGCACGUGCCCCGAAGGGUUCGGAGGCGCAAAUUGUGACGUGGUGCUGAACCCGUGCGCCACCGAGCCGUGCGCUAACGGCGGAAAAUGCCGGACAGUGGACGCAGUCUCCGCAUCCGGUGGCGGUGCCGGUGGAUCCGGCUCUGGUCCGGGCGCCGGCGGUGCUCAGAUGUUCGGCUCCGUGGCUCAAUCCGCUCCGCUCUUGGUACCCAAGCAAUUCCAUUGCGACUGCCGGCCGGGCUGGAUGGGCAGUACCUGCAAUACAGAAAUCGACGAGUGUGCCACUCAACCGCCCCGGUGUCUGAACGGAGGAUCGUGCAUUGACCUGGUGGCUGACUGGCGUUGUGCGUGUGCGGACGACCGUUGGCGUGGUCGCAGAUGCGAAAUAGCACAGGGAACGGCAGUCAGCGGUGUCGAGCAGCAGUGUGGUCCGAACGCCGUGCCGUGCAGAACGACUGGGGGUGGAAGUAACGUCCCUGCGACCACAGAAUGCGUGUGCCGAAGGGGUUGGACGACGGUAGCGGCAAUUACAGCUUCUAGGGAUGGUCAUAAUGGAACUUUGGCAACCGCCCUUGCGUGCACCGUGAACGUUGAUGAUUGCGCUGGACCCGACGUGAAAUGCACCAACGGUGGCACUUGCUUGGACUUGAUCGGUGGCUACACCUGCGCGUGUCCUGUCGGCUUUACCGGUCGGAACUGUAGAACUCAAAUUGACCCAUGUGGUGGUGAUAACGAAUCCGGUGUAGCUGGCGGUGGAAAUCCUUGCAAAAACGGUGGUGAGUGCGUGCCUUCACGACGUUGGCGUGGUGGAGGAGGGAGUGGAAUGUCAGCCAAACAGCAGCAGCAGCAACAGACUUACUCCUGCAUAUGCCCCUUGGGAUAUUCAGGCGAAAACUGUGAGAUCGACAGGGACCAUUGUACGCCGAACCCAUGUCGGAACGGCGGCCAGUGUCUGAACACGCCGGAUGAUUAUUACUGCCAGUGCAGUGGGGAUGGUUGGUCGUGGCAUGGCAAGAACUGUACCGUGCCCGCCGAUGGCAGUGUCGCCGGGGCCACAAAGUCUACGGCCGCGACCACGACGACCACGCCGACAACCGCAAGGACCACGACUACCACAACCACGACGGCCGCACCGACGACGACGACAACGACUACGGUGGCCAGUACUAGACCUCCAUCGACGCCACCACUGCAGCGUAGCACCGCGAUCACGCCGGUGGCCACUAACCGUCGACCGGGCGCCGGCUUACCGGUUACGACGACAUGGCGACAACAGCAGAAGCCAUACGGUGACGAAGACGACGACAACUAUAAAGCGUCAACAGUAGCGAACGUGGAUCAACAGAAGAUUGACGACGACGGCGCCUUGGCGAUGUGUGGAGGCGGCCGUCAUCGUCGCAAGCACUGGAUCGCCGACGACGGUUGCAACGAGUGCAAGUGCAGCUCUAAAUCGGCGAUGGUCGACAACGUUGACGACAAGUCGGCCGUGAUGUCGUGCACCAACAUGUGGUGUGGACCCGCGACUUUCGACUGUCUUAGCGGCGUUAUGCCUUGCACCGGCACCAACCAGGUGUGCGUACCGAUCAUAGACGACAUGGACGAUGAGGAACUACUUGAAGAUGACCUGGACAAACGAGGAGAGACCGACGGAACAGCCACUGCGGUGGACACUCUUCUUCUGUGGCGACAGUGUUUGCGUCCACCGUGUGGUGGCGUGGACGCUGAUCGUGACAGGGAUGACGUUCGGCUGCGGUAUGGUUACGAUGACGACGGUGGCCAGGACGACCACAACGCUUACUUAGCAGUGGGUUCGUGGCCGAGGCGUCGUCGUCGGGGUCAGUGCGCGACAGCGGUGGUGGACGACAGUGAUGUGGACGACGACGGGGAUGACGAUGAUGACGACGACGACGGUUCACCCACGACUGUGUGGCCGUCGGUGGUCCAACACUGUCUGCCAAACGGCGUGGCCGGUGACAAACGUCUGCCACACCAGCAGCACCGCCGUCGGCGUGGUGAUGCAUGCGGCAGGUUGCGCAUUACACUGGACCCGGCGCGUCUGCGGCGUGGUACUCGAGUAUCAGCCGUGUGCCACAGUCUCCGUCGACUGCUGGCCAGGGAAUGGGUGCGCAGUAGCGACGACGACGACCUGAGCCAAGAGGACGACGUGGAGUACCGACGAAAUCGAGUGUACGUCAUGUGCGAAGCGGCCGAGGAUCAGCGAGAUAAUAACGAUGACGACCGAAUCGGCAGUGGUGGUUCCGGAAGUAGCGGCAAUACACGCCGCCGACGACGACGGCGCCGCGUCACCAUUCGAGUGUCUUUGGCGGUUGUGACAGAUAAGCAGCAACAACACCAGAGACGGAUCUCAGGAACGGUGGCAGAUGACGACGAUGUCGAUGUUGCAGCGGUCGUAGGACGGGCCGUUCAAACUCUUUAUAAACGACUCAACGGCGGCACUGUGGCCGGAUCAACGGUGACUUCAACGAAAAAAGUUCAAACUGCUGGCCACCGCCUUCGCCCGACGCUGAACAGCGGUGUCGACGACUACGAUGACGCUGCGGCGCUGGCGUUCUUAACAGCCGCCGUAGUGGACGUUGCCCUAGGAGGUGGCGCGACAGCGGAAUCGCAUUCGACGCCCGUUCCGUCAAAUUCGUCAGGGUCUUCGAAUGAUGAUUAUCGGCAUUACUACUACUACUAUUGGACGGUCGGCGUGGCCUGCGGAGCGUUGGCCACUGUACUGGCGGUCGCGGCGUUCCUGUUACUACGUUUCCGGAGCAGCACCAGGAGGAAAUCGAACGGUGGACAAACAACUUCGGAUUCUUCAUCUGCUGUCGUUGAUCCUUCGGUGGCCGGCGGUGACAGUUUGAUGUUGUCACUGGUGCGGCGUCAAAACGAGGAGAACCUCAAGCGGUUGGUAACUGGCGGCAACCGGGUUGCCGUGACAGCCGCUGGUGGUGACUAUGGUGGCAGUGGCUGUGGACGCAAUAACUUGUCGGCGGGAUCGUCUCUUAGUUGUUCACGAGUCAGCAUCGUUCACCCUUUAUGCAAUGUCACCUCAGCUGAUGACGGAUCUUCACCGGAAAUGCAUCGCAAACAGCAUCUGAACGGCGGUAGUGAUAACGACGGAAUGAAUGUAGACGACGAAAAGAGUGGAGAGAAAACAACAAACGUGGCAUUGCCACCAGUAGCUGCUGUUAGGUCUGUAGCUGUAGCCGUACCUCGACAACAACAACCAGUACAACAUCAACAACCACAACAACAACAACGGCCAUUGGCUGCAGCAGCACCACAACCAUUAUUGUUGUGCAAAAAGACUUUGAACGUAGACAAUGAACAGCGAAGACAACUACAACUGAUGCAACAACAACGUCAACAACAAUCACCGAUACACCAGCAACAUCAACUACCACUUCAACAACAGCUACAACUCGCACAUCAACAACAUCAACUACCGGUACAUCAACAACAGCAUCAGCAGCAGCAAGUACCAGCGCAACAGUACAACCACCGCAAUCGUGGAGAUAUUCUUAAUCAACACCUACAACCUAACCAGCAACAUUAUCAUAAUCAACAGCAGCAACAAAAUUAUGCGUCGUUAUUGCACUCAACACCGAAUAACAAUAAUACCAGCAGCAACAACAUCAACAACAACAACAAUAACAAUCACAGCUCAGAAGAUGGUAACGACGAAGCUGCUCCACCUUCGCUCACCGUUUUGGUGUAA